AUGUUGAACAACCAUCCAUAUACGUCCCUUAUUGGACAUCUACGCUCGAAUGUUAGAAGACAUGUGAAAUACCUCUGUCUUGAUUGUGAGCAGGGUCUUCAUCAAAUUCCUAAAAUUUUACAACUGAUAGGCGAGCUGAGGGAUGAGAUACGUGAGCUCAAACAAUCUAGGUCCAUUGAUGUUGGCGCGACGCAGGUUAGUUUUUCUUCACCUGAUCCGGUGCCUGUCAUUUUGCGUAAGUUCAAGAAGAUAAAGUCGAAGUUUGAGAGUAUAUACGUUGCUCCUGAUAGGACUCCACAGCAGAUUGCACUUUACAAAUCUGUUAAAUCUGAGUUGGAUAAACGUUUGGCUGUGGGAUAUAAAGUAGUGAGAUGUGAUAGACAGUUUGUUAGGGUUGAUAGAUCUCGUGGUGGUGGAGUCCUGCUGGCCGCUUCUGAGAGUACAUCUUUCAGUAUUAUAGAUGGAGCAUUUUUAACCGAUCGUGUCCCGUUGAUAGAUGUGGUUUUGUGUCGUUUUACUGAGCCCUGUCCUUUUAUUGCCUGUGUAGUUUACAUUCCGCCUGAUAUUACUGCUUUUCAUCUGGAAACUUUUACAACUGCAUUGGAGUUGAGUUUCCCUGGAGAAACUAUGUUCCUUGUUGGUGACUUCAAUUGCCCUGACUUUGUUGAUUCUAAUUGUGGUCCCAAAUCAAUUCUUUUGCGGAAUCUAUACGAUCUCCUGGAUCUGCGGCAGUGCAGCUCAGUUCGGAAUGAGGAUCUCAGGCUGCUAGACUUGGUUCUAGCGAGCAAGAACUUUGAGGUGUCAGUCAUCCGUUCUGACUCGCCUUUUGUUCCUGAGGACCCCUACCAUCCUGCUUUGAGUAUGGUCCUUACUGUGGAGUCUUCCAGGCGUCGGGUGAAUUUUCCGAGGAAGGAUAAUUCAUUCUAUAACUUUAAAAGAGCUGAUUACUCUUCUUUGUCUACGGCAAUCAACUCCGUUAAUUGGGAUUUUAUAGCAGAAUUCGAUAAUGUCGAUGAAGCUUUGGAUUUCUUCUACAGAAAACUUUUUGAGAUUCUGGAUGACCUUGUUCCUAAAAAGACUAACUCUUUGGCAGAGCCUAGCUUCCCUGUUUGGUUCACAGGAAAAUUAAAGCAUAUCAUUGGCCUAAAGAAUUAUUACAGAGUGAAGUGGCGUAAUACUGGUCUAGAAAAAUAUUUCGUUGAGUUCAAACGAUUGAGAGCGUUGGUCAAGUCUGAAAUUGAUUUGGAGUACAACAAGUAUCUGUCUGAAGUGCACAGCCAAAUAAGAUCAAAUCCAUCUUCACUCUGGAAAUAUUUAGCUCGAAGAAAGGGUUACACUAGAGUACCUGGAGUUUUUCAUUCUGAUGAACGUCUUUAUGACGAUCCCAGAGAAAUUGUUGAUUUGUUUGGAGCUCAUUUUUCUGGGGUUAAUGGCCUGGAUGCGCAUGGGGUUCAUAAUACUGAUGAUUCAACUAACCUUCCACCAGUUUUCAUCCCAUCAGUGUCAGAGGAUGAGAUAAAGUCCAUAAUGGAGAAGUUUCCUGAUCGAUUGACAUCCGGUGACGAUCAGCUUCCCUCUGUGUUCUUGAGGGAGUGUAGCUCUGCACUGGCCGUGCCCCUCCACCGUUUAUUUUCCAUUAGCCUUAAUACUUUUACCUUCCCUAGGAGAUGGAAGAGAGCUAGGGUAAUUCCGGUGUUCAAAAAGGGUGACUCGUCUUCUGUGGAAAAUUAUAGACCUAUUUCCAUUUUGUCGAACUUUGCCAAAGUAUAUGAAGAGGUUCUGUAUUCAAGCAUCUACCACCAUAUUAAACAACGUUUAUCAUCAGCACAGCAUGGUUUUGCCCGGGGGAGGUCGACUGUAACUAACCCACUCUGUAAUCUGUGA